AUCAUUUAAGCAUUAUACCUGCCAAUCAAAAGAAAGUCAUAAUUACAGAAAAGCAACCUGCUUUUGACUUUGAGUGAAUAAUCAGCUCUUCAGAGUAUACCUUAAUUACCUUAUUUACCUGUCUCUUCGAUAAAGCGUUGAUUGUUUGAACCAAGAUCAAUGCAGAGCUACUUAAGCGAUGACUCGGGAAACUGCUUUUACAUAAAAUAAGGAUGGAUUUUAACAACUAAAUGAGAUUUCUGUAAAUUCUGGUGAAAGCGGAAGUAUUUAAAGGAAUCAAUAACGAGGAAAGAUAAAUUAUUGCUAAUACAACACAUCUAAGGAGAAAACCCGGAUCAAUUAGAACUUCUAGACAUACUACGUAUACCAAAAUGUAGCUGAACUAUGGCAGAUCUUUUACUGCUUUUGAACAGUACUUAUAACGAAUUACUGUUGAAUUAUGCGUCCAACUUGAAAGGAUCGAUAGAACCAUUAUGGAAAUAUUUCCACCUACAUGCAUGUGUACCGUUUGGCAGCUAAUUUCAGUUUUAUAAUUUUGAAUCUUGUGAUAUUAAGAUGGUGUGAAUAAACAUAGACCAUUAUGAAUACCGAAAACAUAUCAGUCGAUUCUAUGAUGGAUGUUAGAACAGCAACGGAAAUAUUUUGUGAUAUAGGCAGUAUCAUAAUCGAUAAUUGUACAUGUAAUGGAAGCAUUCAAAACAAUACUUGUACUAAUGUGACUGCUUCUAUAGGAUAUGCACCCCCAAAUCCACUAUGGCUUACGGUUCUACUUGGUUUAAUGGCGUCCAUCGUCAUAUUAGUGACUAUUUGCGGGAAUAUACUUGUGUUGUUAUCGUUUGCUCUAGAACGAAAUAUACGGCAACCAACGAAUUAUUUUAUAGCAUCAUUAGCAGUUUCAGAUCUUUUGAUAGGAACAUUUUCUAUGCCUUGUUUCACGUUAUAUUUGUUACUCGGUUAUUGGCCUCUAGGUGAAAUGUUAUGUGAUUUGUGGCUAUCGUUAGACUGGACAGUAUGUCUGGCUUCACAAUACACUGUUUUCUUCAUCACUGUAGAUAGAUUCUUUUCUGUUAAAUUACCAGCAAAAUAUAGAAACUGGCGAACUGAAAGGAGAGUUGUUAUAAUGGUUGCCUUCACGUGGAUAAUUCCUUCAGCGGUGUUUUUCAUUUCUAUAAUCGGAUGGCAGUACUUUGUUGGUAAGCGGACGGUUCCUGAAGGGACAUGUGAAGUUCAGUUUAUGGGUGAUCCUUUGUUUACUUUUCUCCUUACAAUUGGAUAUUAUUGGACAACGCUAGCUGUAAUGAUUGGACUGUAUGCUGGAAUAUACAGAGUUGCAUUAUCUCUUCAGAAAAAAUCUGAAGCGAAGCACAAACGACUGACCACUGCCAUGGGACUAUCAAAAGGUAAAAACAAAUCUAAAAAGAACAAUAAGAGUGUCAAAUCACCUGUUAUUGAUGACACCGUAGUUCAAAAUAAUACACAGAACCAAAAACAUAUAGACACAACAAGUUUUACAAAGCAUGCAGAGGAAGACCGGUCUAGUUCGCCAGCAUUUGCUUCGGACGACGAAAACAGUGAUAGUCAUGAAGCUUAUGGAAAUGGAAAAUCUAAUAACAAAUCUAAACAUAAACAUGACGAAAUUGACGAUGAACAAACCUGUUUUGUUAAUAGUGCUGUUCAAACGGACACAACAUAUCGACCAUCAUUAAAAGGCAUGUUAGGUCAGUCAUUUAAUCAUGUUUCUAAAAUUGCUCUGUCAAUAACUGCACCAACAUCUUCUGACGAUGACAAAGAAAAAAGUGACACUGCAGAGAGGCAAUCAGAGGAAAUAAACAAUUAUCACAAUAAAGUGUUACAUAUUGAAAACACUCCAAAAUCAACGGACGCUUUACUUGAAAAUGAAAUACUACAAGGAUGUAAAUAUAUUGACGAGGAAAGCUUGAAAUCAUUGGCCUCUUCCGAAAAUAUUAGGCUCUUGUCUGAGCCAAUGAUUGAAUACGCUUCAUCUACAGAUGAUGGUGGUAACUCCCCGGUGUGGAAAAAGAGAAAGGAUAAAUAUCUCCCUAUACCGAUACCCGAGGAGUUUUCAACAAGUGUAUCGAUAAUAGAUAGUGGCGUAGAUAUGCAUGAUGAACAUGAUCAAACUGGUACAAAUACUAAUACAACCUUGAGUCCGUUACCCGCUAACGGGAAAUCAUGGAACAAUGCUGUAAGUCUAGUUAAACAGCAAAAUUCGGUACAAAAACUAAGUACUGUUGAAACAGAAGAUAAACCUCAUAAAUUUGGAAGUCCUUUCCAUGCCCUGGUUAAAUCAAUUAGGGCAAAACAGAAGCAAAGAGAACGAGAAAAACAAAAAACCGAAAGUAGAAAAUCUAAAUCGGAGAAUCGUGCAAGAAAGGCAUUGAGGACAAUAAGUUUUAUUUUAGGUGCUUACGUUCUUUGUUGGACACCCUAUCACGUAAUAGUAUUCAUCAUCGGUGUUUGUGGAGCUUUUAGUUGUGUUAACGCUACAUUAUAUAAUAUUUGUUAUUGGCUAUGCUACUUGAAUAGUCCUGUGAACCCUUUCUGUUACGCUUUUGCCAACCAACAAUUUAAAAGAACUUUCUUGCGCUUGUUAAGACUUGACUUCCAUAAAACAUAACAUAUGUGUUAAAAUCAAACAAUUACUCAGAAAUAAAACAGUUUCUUUAUGAAACUUUGCGUGACAAUAUUUAAAUAAAUGGUUUACUGUAAAAGGGAAUAUUUAAGGGAGAAAUGAUAAAACUAUGAUUCAUCUUUAAUUUCUUUUACCGUCCAUAUGCUUUUAGGUUUAAAGAUUGCAUACAUUCAUCAUGUCAGUCAAAUUGAUGGCUGCAAUGUUGUCACUUCGAAACAUACAUGUGUUCUGUUAAUACCUAAUAUAUAAUCAGGCUGAUACCGUUCAGACGCUGUACUUAGUAUUAGUAUUCUAAAGGGUAAGUUACAUCUUAUAUAUCCGGUCUUAAUAAUCUGUCAAAAAUCAACCAACAGAAGAAUAUCACUGCCAAUUUUACAUUACAAGUUUGGUUAUCAGGAAUCCAAGUACAAUAUGCAGGGAAAUUCAUAUGUAUACUAUUUCACAAUGUAUCUAGUUACUGUGUUACACAAAAUCCACUUAAAUCAAAGAGAAGGUUAAUAAAUCAUGACUUUACAUUCGCUAUAAGUGUUUUUCGACAAUGUUGACAGGUUUCAUGAGUCGGUUUGUCUGGGCUAAAUUAUAUUAUAACUAAUGAAAAAGAGUUAAUUAUUAUAAAAAAAAAUAAUUGUCUGAUGAAUGAUGACAAAAUUGAGUUCAUAUUAUGUGAUAGCUGAUAAAAGAGUUUUUUUUAUUUUAAACUAAUGGAAAGGGUUAGUUUUACUGUCACCGAUAAACAUGUUUUAGCUUUAUUUUAACCGAUGAAAAAUUAAGAAGAAUAUUUGUUUAUAAACAAUGAACAAAAAAAAAUAUUACGUUUUAAUGUAACUGAUGAAAAAGUCGAGUUUGUUAUAAUAUAACCGUCGUUUUCAGUCUAGAAAAUCAUUGAUUUUAUUUAUGUCUUUCAACUUUUAUUUUAGAUGUAACUGUUCAACAAUUUAUACUACAUGUAUAUAAGAGUGUGUCAUAUAGUCAAACGUAUGUUUUUACCAUCUAGACUAUAAAAUAUUCAAUAAUUAUGUGUUACAAAUGUGUUAAACUUUUGUUACUUAUAAAAACUGUAUGUACUCUCGUUUUUCCGGACAAUAUUUCAUUUGGAUGAAAUGGUAAUUAAUUGAUAAUGAAUCAAAGGUGCUUGAUGCAGUUACCGUCGAAUUUUUUAGUAGACCUUUUGACACUUACAUUUUCCUCAUUCGUUUCAGCUAUGAUUAAUGAUCAUAUACCUUUUCUCUAUAAUAUAGCAUUAUUUGGUGGAAUAUUAUAACAUUUGAAAUUGAUUCCAUUUUUGUUUUUGUUUAUAGAGAAAAUACCACGAUUUAAACAGGUUUUUCUCUUUUUAAUUUAGAAAAUAUUACACCAAAUCUUAGGUUAAUACUCAAUCAGCUGUUAAGCUUAAAGGAUUUAUGCAUACUGGACAUUGGCAUAUCCUCAACGGAAGAACUUUACACAGCUACAUGUGUCAAACGCUUGGUUCCUUGCAAUUGCCAUGUAUACUAAUUUGCUACAUUAUUUCGGCAUCAUUUUAAUACUUAAUUUAAUUCAAAUAAUACCAAAGCAAUAUGAAAAUGCUUUAAAAGGGGAGAGUAAAAUUUAUGGUCUGUUUGGUCCAGUAAAUUAAUCGAAAAUAACAAAAACGGUAUAAGAUGUACAUGCACUUUUAUUAAUCACAUUUAAUAUAGAUCAGCACCAAGCCUUAAACAAAAAUUAAAUGUGUAUUGUGGCUCGAUGAUCCACAAGUGACCCAAGAGAGUGAUGUAUAAGAAUUUAUAAAGAAUAAAGUACGCCUAAUAUAAAAGGAGACUUUUGAAAAUUCACCAUACAGCCGAACUGUCCGUCAAUAUCUUUUUUGCCAGCGAGUAGAUAAUCACAAAAUACAAUUCUUUUGUAAAUAUUUUGAUGCGCGUGUUGUGCUGUAUGUAACAAACAGUCCCGAUUUUUUACGAGCCAUUUUUUUUUAUAUUCACCGCCAUUUCAUGAUAUUUACUAUGUACAUGGAUGUUUAAGCAAAAAAUGUGGCUGAUUUUGCACACAAUUUAAAACAUAAUUUUGCAAAUUGGACAAAUAUGAAUAAAUUUAAUGAAAGGUACAUCGCAGCUGUUUGUAGUCACUUAACUUGUUCAUAUCUGUACGAAUUAUAGCGUCAAAAGCGAAAAGAAUAGCCAACACCGGCACACACACGACCAACAAAGCUAUUGAAACAAUGAAAAUAAUUUAUUUUGUCACAGUGAAAGUUCAUGCAAUAUUCUUAUAAACAUUCAUAUUUAUGAAAAAGUAAAUUGACCUCAUUUAUAAAAGUAAUAACUUAAACUUCGGGAUAUCCAUUUCAUCGCCUCAAAUCUCACGAACUAAAUCAUACCACGUGAUUUAAAAAUACACUUGCUGUAUUCCUUUGAUCCACUCUUCGGUCUAAUGAAAGUCUAGUGCAUAUCCUUUAAACACAAAAUGCUGAAUUGAUGGUUAAUUUUGAAAUUGCAAUAAUUCUGCGACUCGGUAUGAAUAAUUUUAUAUAAGUUUUGUGUUUGAGAUUUCCGAUUGUAAUACAUUUUUUUACUUUCAUUUAAAACAAAAAAAAUUAUAUAUAUCCUUAUAAAAUACAGAUGUGUGGGGAAAGUAAUGUUCUUAUUCAACUAAGCAUUUUUCUGUGAUUCGUCUUCUUUUGAAUAAUGUACUAAAGUAAGCUUUACUUUUUAUAUGUAUUGUCUUCUUUAAUGUUCUAUAUAGCAUGUGUUUGUUUGCUUUGUGAUAUUUAAAAAAUCAAAAUAGGAAAAGACAAAAAAUGAAUAUUAGCAUACUGAAGUUUAACGUAAUUCAUCAUGUUUUGCAUUUAGAGGAUAAAGGAGAAUUUUGCUAUUUAAAACGACCAUAUUUUUGAAAGAUGUAUCAUUUUUAUGUUUUUUUAAAUUAGAAAGAAGGUAAAAGAAACAAUAUGCAAUGGAAAUGAAAAAGUCCGAAUGAACACAUUAGAUCAUCAUAAUCUCAUCUUAACUUGAAUGUAUGUUCUCAUUCUAAAACAAGUUAUGAAGCAUACAUUAUUUCAUGAUACUUUUGCAAAGAAUUCAAAAACGUAAAAUGAUUUGACAUCUAGACAAUGAAAUAGUUUCUUUCGUGUACAUGUCCCACAUCUGUAUGCUACAUAUUGAAUGACAAAAACAUCAUUUUUAAAGAAAUGCAGCCUUGAUUGUAUUUGAUAACUCGUAAUAUCCAACGUAAAUAUAACCAACUCAUGUAUUACUCAUUCUGUAUGAACAUGUACACCGAAUUGUGAAGUGUAAUUGUGUAUUUCUAGUAAACGUCUGUGCAUUUUAUUUACUCAAAACAGUUGCAUUUUCAGAUACUCCUAGGUAAAUAAUUUAUUUAAUUUGGAUUUUUAUUCCUUUCUGGAAUACGGGAAAUCAAAAAGUAACAAGAUUACCUUAUCAGUAGAAAUUAAAAAUAAAAGACGUCACAACCUAUCUAUAUUAUGACUGGAAUGACAUGAAAUGGAAGUCAUGGUUUUAACUUUUUAAUGGGUAUUUUUAAACGCCAUAUUUUAACUUGUAUUGUGAAGAUAGCGAUCUGUUUUAUUCUUUCAAUAUAUUAUCCUUUGAAAUGGUUUGCCUUCAAUUUUAAGUAUGUAAAUUGACCCUUUCUAAACAUGCCUAUAGAACUACUGAUAUUAAGAAUUAUGUAAAACACUCGGUAAACAAAUUUUGUAUUGUGAAAACACAAUGACAAGAUACGUGUACAUGAAAGCCGCACAGUUUCUAUCGACUCAAAGGGUCAUUUGAACCAACGUCAUCGACUUGCAUAAAUGUAUGUCGUAAGCGUCACGCAUAUGCACUUGAUGUAGAUGGAUGUUUGCUUUUGCCAUUCAAUAUAUCUGAUGGAUGGAUCUUUAAUUACCCCUAAAUUAUAUCUUGAGUUCUUAUAAGAAGCUGAUAUUGAUACGUCUACUAUUGUUGAAUGCGGGUUUUCAUGGACCUUGUAGGUUUGUGUUUAUGCCUUUUGUUCAAGAAAAAAAACUUUUCCAGAUUGAUACAAUACCGUGACAGAAAUGAUCAUGCAGUAGAAAUUGCGACUUUUUUCCGUCCCGAUAUCCAAUAAGUCAGCAGAACAAAACUUUAAAAAGAACAAAUAAAUGACCUACUUGUGUAGAAUUACGUCCAUUUGGCCUUUUAUUUAUUCUAUGAAACUACAUGGAACGUGCGGCUUGAGCAUCUACCAGCCAAACUUUGACGGAAUUACUGACGUUAUUUACUUCGGAUAGGCGUAAUCGAGUCUGACACAUCUAGACAAAAAUGACAUAUAUGCAGACAUUAUCUUCGUGUCAUCCGAAUCACAUAUUAAAUCAAUUUGUUGAAAUGAAAACAUCAUUAAAGUCAUUUUAAAAGAGUUUUUGGUAAUUGUAAUGUUAAAGAAACUAUUGAACCGAGGCAUUCAUAUAUACUUAACUGCGUCCUCUGUACACAUUUUUUACAUUUAUUGCAAAUCCAUAACGUUUAAUCGACAAAAAUGUUUCAUACUAUGAUUGUUAAUCGAAAACUUUGGAUAGUAAUUAACUGUCUGGUUGUUGUACCGAAGUUUACCGAUCGGACCUUGUUAAACAAAAAACACAACUUAUCAUGAUGUAUGUGUUUAACAAGUGAGAUGAUAGAGCGAUGUUUGUUUUUUUUUUUACAUAUAUUUUCUAUUCGUUAAAUGAACUUUGUCAUAAAAGUUGUUAAAUGCUGUGGUGUAUUAUUUUUUUCUUUCAGAAUCAGUUGAUACUAUCUUUCUUCCACGUUUUUUUUUUAUUUUUUCUUCUAUCACAGUUUUCCCUUCGCGCUUGUGAUGUGCGAUAGCCGAAUUUAUUACGAAGGUGCGAUGAUUAAGGUCUCUGCAUACGGAAAAGCUAUCGGCGAAUUACAUUCCGUGAAGACAAUAAUAAAGUAGUAGUACCUUUCUAAAAUGACGAUUUUGAUAAAAUAAAAGAUUUUCCUUCAAAAGAAAGUGUAAAACUUCAAGUUAUUUAUCUUUUUUGUUAAACUUGAAGUAUCAUAUAUAUGAGUUUAAGUGGAUCUUAACAGCACGUGUUGUUUAACCUACCAUUAAAAUAAAUGUACAGUAUUACUUAUUAUUAUAGUUCAUAUUAAAAUGCUAUUUUUUAUUGGUUAAUACGGGGGUGACAUUUUACUCUAACACAUGACUAAACGGGUUACUUUUUUAAAAUAUAAUUUUAAAUCAAUUGUUUAACAGACAAUGAUUUUGAUUUUAAAUCAGUAAUUAGUAUACAGUAAUAACAGAACUAUCAGUAUAAUAAAUUAAAUAUCAUAGAAUUUUAAUGUUUCUGAGAGGGUGAUAGAUCAGACUGUUAUCCCUCAAUCAAAUAAUAUUGUUAACAUUCGGCUUUGCCUCGGUUGACAACUUUUUCUCGGUGUAACAAUCUGCUCAAUCAACUUCUCAGCUAUAUGUUAUUUAUGAUAUUAUACCGUCCUUCGUGCAACCCGUUUCCUGAUGUCGAUUGGAAUUGUGGAAUCUAUGACACAUACAUUGUGUGCGAAUGUGUUUCAGAUUUUGGUGAUUCAAUAAGCAAUUGAAAGUUGUCUCAUUGGCAAUCAUAUCGCAUCUCCUUAAUUCUAUAUUGUUGAAAAAGGAGAUUCGAGUUUCAAUUUGUAUGAACUAUGUUAGAAGUUUAAGAUUAUUCAGCAUUUAUGAUAAUGACAAAUAAACGAAAAAGUUCAAAGGAAAGAGCCUCUGAAAAUUUGUCUACAAGCUUCGUUUCAUUCCAUAAUUACACUCUUAAGAUAUAAUUUUGUUCAGCUCGCCAUUUUUCUAUUAACUAUAUUUUUAGAUGAUUUCAUUACAAAUGAAGCGUAAAACCUGAACAGAUAUUCUCAGCACAUGAAAGACAAAUUUUAAGAAACAAUUACACUAACACCUCAAUAGAUUUUAUCAUUUUGAUUUUGUAUUUUUUUUUUUAUUGUACAAUUAGAUCGGUUUUGACCAAUUAUCAUCAAAAACACAAGUUUAAAGACCAAAAUAUCCGUUAGAUGAAAUUUGUAGAUAUAGGUUUGGAAUAUUAAUUCCCGUUUAUCCCGUAAUAAAAAAUCGAAACCUAUUCACAGUCUUAAUGUUUUCCAAAUUCGAGGGACCUUAUAGAUUGUUUAGUUGCCACAAAUCAAUAACAAACAUGAUGAACUUUCGCGGUAAUGUUAUGGAUACCAGUUGUUCGGAUAGUCCCACAUUGUAAAAUCCUGAAAGGCCUGUGAUAAAGAAUCAUUUUCCCGACAUUUCUUUAUAAACCUAGUCAUACAUUCACCAACUACAAACACAUAUAGCAAUAUGUAAAUUGAUCUGCAUACAUUUUAAUAUCAAAUUUGAUAACCGAUUACGUCAGGCAAGAAUAAGAUGUGGAUUUGGUUGGAGGUUUAGAUUUUAAAUCUUGGGACAAGAACGCAUGUUUGUAUACAUGUAAUGUCAUAACAUCACCGCCUGAUUUCCUUAUAUGCACGUGGAAUUUAAUUUUUCUGUUUUUAUUUAUUUCUUUUUUUUAUUUUCAUAUAUUCUUUUGUCAUAUGUGAAACAUUGUUAUUAAUAACAUGACGCAAUAUUUGUACAACUGAAUAAAAAUAGCGCGAAGGUAUCAUUAUGAGCAGAUAUGAGCAAAUUUUAUCACAAAAGCUUGUUGUAUUGUCCGAAUAAUUGUUGUGUAUAUAAUACCCUUGCCAUAAAUAAAAAUUAAACAUGAUUUUCAAAA